AUGCUCCCCCGACCCACGCUCCUCUCCUACCUAACACCGCUCCGCCAAAUCUUUCUCUCAUCCUCCACCCGCUACCUAGCGACACGUAGCGGCGCAACCGGUGUUUUGGCGCAGCAGCGAAGCUUCCAGACCGCGACGACGGCAUGGCGGAGUAUAACCGCGAUGAGUAAACGACCGACUACGGCAGCCGCGUCGGUGGAGGCCGUGAGGAGUAUUGGACAGGUUCGUAGCUCCGUCAAGAAACUCUGCGACGGCUGCAAGAGCGUAAGGCGGAAGGGCGGGAAGUACGUGUACAUCAUCUGCAGCAAGAAUCCGAAGCAUAAGCAGAGGUAA